AUGUUCAAUAAUCUCAAAGGUCUUGUCAAGAAGGAAGGAACAAAUAAGAGCUGUCGGUCAGAUUGUGGAAGCACUGAUAGUCGAGUUUCCUAUUCACGGUUCCUAGGCGAGUCAGAGAGAACUGAUGCUGAUAUUGCCUUUGAAAGACGAACAUCAUCCGUACAAUUACAACCAACUUCAUCAUCAGUUAAAAGUAAUCAUGGGCGCAUUAAUGACAUCACUGAUAGUAACAGUGAUAGUAAUGUCUUUCGAAACAAAUCACCAACAUCAAAAGAAACAGAUAGUGUUAAAUUGUUAAAGUGUGCUAAUCCAUUCGGUGAACUGGAUGAUUCUGAUUGUGGUUCUGUUAUGUCGUCAACUUUUCGGUUAUCUACAGAAACAUCGGAUAUUCAAUCACGUUGUCAACGUGUUUAUCAAAUGGCACGUAAUUACAAAAUUAAAUAUCAACAGCUUGUAGAGGCAUAUAAAGUUAUGGAAUCAGAAAGAAAUAAUCUACAACAGUUAUUAGCAUCACAUCAAACAAAAACAUCCAAAUCUGUAGAUGAGAUGUACAAGAAGCUUGAACUAGAUAAACAAACCAAAGAUCAAUUGGAACGAGAUUUCCGUCAGCUUUUAUCUGAAAAAGAAGAAAUCAUAAAGUCAUUACGAUUGCAGUGUGAUCAACAGAAUAUCAAUAAAUUACGAUCUGAAUUAGCUGAUAGUAAACUAUCUCAAGCAGCAUUACAAGAACAAGUUCAAUGUUUAAAAGCACAAUUUUACAAUAAUUCAAAUACCGAAGAAACUGGUAUACAAAAUGAAUUUUCUAAUAAACUAUCAGUUAGUACAGAGUCAAAUUAUAUUCAUCAUUCCAAUGAAAUAAUCAACAAUAAUAAUGAACAAUCUAAUGAAAUCAAAUCAUUAUCUUGUCAACUAGAAGAAUUAAAUAAAAAAUUAGCUGAUUCUGAAGAUAUCAGAACACGUUUAGACAAAGAAGUUAAUGAAUUAAAAUCAACAUUAGCUUCAACUAAAUCAGAAAUCAAUACAACAAUAAUAUCUGAUAAUCAAUUAAACAAUCAAUCAAUAAAUUCAGAAUUAAUCAAUUUAAAAUCAUUAAAUUCUGAAUUAACUAUUCAAUUAAAUGAAUAUCAACUUAAAAUUGAACACCUUGAAUCAAUUCAAAUAGAACAAUUAAAACAAAUUGAUCUUAUGAAAUCUGAAUUAAAUUUAUGUAAAACUAUAAAAGAAGAAAAUGAUCAUUUUAAAAUUUAUUAUGAUAGUUUAUUAAAUCAAAUUAAACAAUUAAAAUUAAAUAUAUUUAAUUUAAAUAAUGAAAAAUUAAUUGAAUUAUAUCCUAUUGAUGAAAAUGAUUCAAUCAAUUUUAAUAAUUUAGAAAAUUUCAAAUUAUUCAUAGAAUUAUUAUUACAUCAUACAUUUAAAACUAUUGAUGAAUUAAAACUAAUCCAUCAUAAUGAAAUCAAUAAUUUAUUAAAUCAAUUCAAUGAAUUACAAUCUAAAUGUAAUGAUAAACAAUCGAUUAUCGAUUGUUUACAAUCACAAUUAAUGAUAUCUCAAUCAAAUGAACAAAAACAAUUAUUAUUAAUCGAUGAACUUAAUGAAAAAAUCAAUAAUUUACAAGAUAAUUCUACAAAUGAUCAAAUUAAUCAAGAAAAUUAUUCAAAUUUACAAUUAAAAUAUAAAGAAAUUGAAUUACAAUUGAAUACAAUGCAAAAUCAAUUAAAAUCAACAAAUUUAUUAAAAGAAGAAGAAUUAGAAAAUCAAUUAUCUGAUAAUAAACAAUUCAAUGAAAAAAAUAAACAACUAAUUGAAUCAUUAACUAAUAAUAAAAUAAUAAUAAUAAUGAAAAUCAAUAUAUUGAUUUAA